UCAUGCCAAAAAAGUGAUAAAACCUUUGACUUUUUUAAUUAUUCAUCUAAUUUUCCUGUUGUGGGAUAAGGAGGAAUAGUUAUUGGAAGCACUUGUGAUAAAGUCAAUGAACUAAAUGAAUAUUAGAAUGCCAACAUGAUUUCACCUUAAGCUAAAGCUGAAUAAAGCAAUAUUAUGAGCUAAUAGAAAUUUAUCAAAAAUAAAUAAUUAUAAUAAUCAGAAGUUUAAAUCGAUUAUUCAAAUAUUAUUGAAGAAAGUUAAAACAAUUUAAAUGCUAGUUACUGUGGAAAUAAAUUAAAUGAAAUUAAAAAAUCUUAAGGAAUAGCCAAUUAAUAAACUCCAAAUUAGUUGCAAGGAUAGUUUAGUAAUAAUUCUCAAUAAUGGUAACUUAAUGCAAUUUAAAAGAAAAAUUCUUUCCAAGUUUAAGAAUGUGAAUAAAAUAUUUCAUAAGAUUUCUUUUUCAAAUAGAGAGGAGAUCUAAAGAAUAAUUAAGAGCUGUUAGAUUUAAUUAAAAGUAAAUCAGAUUGCAGUAUUAAAGACAUAUUAAGUAUUAUACUAGAUCCUAAAACUUAUCAUAAUCCAAAGAAAUAACAUUUAGGUUGUUAAGUUAAUAGAUUAAUUGAAUUAAGAAAUGAUAAGUAAGAGAAAGGAAAUUAACAUGGAUAUUCUAACUAUGACAGCUACGAUUCAUACACUCCAAUUAAUUCUAAACUCCUAUAACAACAAUCUGUUUAAAAACAGAUGCUUUGUUAAAAUAAUAAAUCCUUUUAACAUAUGUUUGAUAUCGUUGUUGAUGAUUGCUCAAUAUUGAUCUAAAAGCUAAUACAGCCAUCAAAUAUUAUAGUGACUAUAAAAAUAACAAUUCUCUAGCAAUAAUCGCUUUGCAAAGAAGACAAUUUUGAAAAUUUAUUUGCCUUUUUUGAGUUCACUACAUCCAGUUAAAAUAUGAAUCAAAACUGCAAAUAAGAGUAAGAAAAAGUGAAAAAGAUUGAGCAUUUUGCAUAAUCAAUAUCUUGGCUAGAAAGAAAACUAACAACAGUACUAGAGCCGUGCAUUUAGAGAGCCAAUUUGUUUAAAUAGUACUGCAAAAGAGGGUUUUAAAAUUUUACUGCUGAAGAAUAAAAAAGCAUAUUUAUUAUACCUUUUUACAAUUCAUUUUAGUUGAUAUUUAACAUAAUAUAAAAUUCAAGGAAUUUUGUUUAAAUAAAAGAAGAUAAAUUUUGCUUGAGCCUUUCAUCAUUUAAUAUUUUAAAUUUACUUUCAAAAUGCCUUGAUAUUUUUAAGUAACAAGCGAAAUACCAAAACAUUUACCUUGAACUCAAAGUGUAAAAAAGUGCAAAGCUUUUUUUAUGCUCUGAUAAACUGAGGCUAUAGUAACUGAUUGUUAAUAUGCUAGCUAGCUCCAUUAAGCACACUUUAGUGGGAAAAGUAUAAAUUUAAAUUGACUACAUUCCUCUUCAAUAAAUGUAUAAAAUAAGUAUUUAAGAUACAGGCAUUGGUAUUGAUUCGCAUGCAUGCUAGAAAAUAUCUCAAAUAAUGAAUUUAAAUCCUGAUGAAUUAUCUGAAUAUGAAAAUAUUUUUUCAAAUAAUUUUUCUUUCAUUAAGGACCAUCAUAAUAUAGAUGAUAAAACGGAUUUUUCAAAUGCCUUUUCACCUUAUACCAAAUAAUAAAAAACUUCCUCUAAAGAAGAAAGCUCCUUAAAAUAUAUAAAAUUUUUGAUGCUAAAUUUUAUUGCUAAGAAGCUUGGGAGUAAUAAUUCAAUCUAAUUAAAUAGCAAAAAGGGUAUUGGUACUUAAUUAGUGUUUUAUGUUCAAGAUUAAUCAGAGAUUUAAUCUUAAAUAAACCAAAAAAUGCAUCAUACGAAUGAAUCUUUAAAUACAUAAUCAGAUAAUUAAAGCUAACUUUAAUGCUCAUUUGAAUAAGAAAUAAAUAUGAAAAAUCAAUAAGCGAGGCAAUUUAGAUAUUCAGAAAAAGCUUUUAAUCAUUUUUAAUAUUAAAAUCCAAAUCAAUAAAAUAAAGAGCCAGUUGAAUAAAAUCUAUAAAUUCUUAAUGACAAAAGAAAUGAAGAACAUAAGUCUGAUUUUAACUUAAACAGUUAAAAUAUGCAAUCAGAUAAAGAUAAGCUUUCCUAAAAAGAUCAAUCUUCUAGUAAUAAAAACAGUAGAUUUGGAAGAAAAAGUUUAUUUAGUGAUGCUUAAAAUUUGAUAUAUGAAGAAUCUUGUAAUGUUUAAAGCGAAUACAACAGUAGAUUAUCACAAAAUUUCUCUCAAAAAAAAACCCCAAAAUGUGAACAAUUUGUUGUUACUCACAAAAUAGAAAAAAAUUAUAAUUAAUAAGAUAACUCAGUAGAAACAAGCUUAUUUCAAAAAAACAAAAUUUAAUGCAGUAUAAAACUUAGAAAGUGUAAAACACAAGCUGGUUUAGAAAAUGUUUCCCAAAGCUAAUAAAAUUAAGACAAUAUUGUAGAAGAAUAUGAUGUUUAUUAAUUUGGUAUAGAAAGAAAUUAAAGAAAUAUUAACAAAUUAAUUGACUCUCAAAGCGAAAAUAAUUUUGAAGAGAACAACAUAAAUUAAUAAUUUACCUCUUUUUAAAACCCCAAUUUACAUUAAAAAUACCCAACUUCCUUUUACAAAUGCGAGAAUCCUAUGCAAGCAACUAAUAGUGAUUAAAAUGGUUCUUUUAGUGAUUUUUCUUCGUUACUUUAAAAUUAUUUUGCUCCAAGUAAAUCUUAAAAUGCAAUAUUAUUCAACAAUUAAGCCCAUAAGCAAUCCCCUAGAUCUAAAAAUAACCAUGAAUAUUCUAAAAAUUUCGAAGGUUUAAUUAAAACUAAAUCCCCAUUUAAGAAAGCAUAUUCAAUGCGACAUGCUAGUUCAGAAUUCAUUCAAUCUGAAUACAAGUCACAUAAUCAAAAAAAUACGGAAGCUUAAAACUCAUUUGAAUAAGAGGACAUAUAAAAAUAUUACGUUCAAGAUUCACCUCUAUUUAUUUAAAGUUAAAAAGUAAUCAAAGCUCUAAACGAAGAUUCACAUUCAUAAAAUGUAAUAAAAAAAGUACAUACAGAAUUUACUUAAUGUAACUAGACAAUAUUUUAAGGAUCUCCCAGUUCUUCAGCCAGUAUCUAAUCAAAAAAAACUGAAAAAAACAGUAAAAUUAAUUCUAAAUUAAAGAUGUGCAGUUGUAAUUAAAUUCUAGUAGUAGAAUAAACAGAAAACAGUCUGAAAUAUAUCAAGCAAAGUCUGUUUAAUUUAAAAUUAGAAGCAGAUUGCUCAUUAAUUGGAAAAUAGUUGCUAUAAAAAGUUAAGCAUAAAUUUCAGAAUUCAAUUUGCUGUCCAAAGUAUAAAUUGAUAUUCAUAGAUAGAGAAUUUUCAUAAUAAAAAGCUAGUAAGGCUGUUUAAAAUAUAAAUAAAAUAUAUUCUUUAAUUGAUGAUCGAAUCAAACCAAUCUUUUGUUCAUGCGAACCAAAUAAAAAUUAAUCUAAAUAAAAUUUACAAGAUUAAGAAGAUGAAACUUUUGACUUUUGUUUCUAUAAAAAAAUUUAUUCUGAUACAUUUAAUGAUUUAAUUAAACUCGCUAUUGCCUGA